AUGCCAGUUUCGCAAGCAUCGUCACGCACUUCUACCCCACACACUGGGGAUAGAGCGAUGCACAUCGACGAUGAGUCCAAACCAGCGCGAGCUCCAAUGGAUCCAGCGAUGAGUGAGUAUAACAUAGUCUUGGACAAGACCAUCUAUGAGCACAACUACUACAUUGUAGAUAUACUAGUAGACAAGUUGUAUGUACAAACAGCGGACGAUCCCAUUGACAUCAAAGCAUUCGACAAACUGUGCAAAGCUUUCCAUGAAGAACAACCCAAGCAAUUAAUUACAGUAAUAGAUGAGUGGUUAGUAGAGCUAUAUAAUAAAGCUAUGAAGAACUGUGACAAAAGUGAUCACGAUUAG